UCUCAGAAACUCAAAAGAAGCAACAUUUCUACUACUACGAGUUAGCACUCUUGUUUGAUCCAUUUAAUAUCCAAUUCCAUGGAUUACAAACUCUUCCUUAUCGCAAAACUCUUGUUUUGCGUUGUCAAUCUUUACUUCUUAGCCUCUCCAUCCAUUGCAUAUCAGCUACCUCCGAACCGGCCCGUUCCGCGGGAAACCAUUUGCAAGUUCACCCCAUACCCAUCAUCAUGCAAAUCUUUCCUCCCAAACAGGACAGCCAAUGUCUAUGACUCUGCAAAAUUUUCAGUCCAAAAAUCCUUAUCUCAGACCUUCCAAUUCCAGAGACUUGUUAACCGCUAUCUUCAGCGCCGCUCCUUUCUUUCAAAAGCAGAAAUCGCCGCCCUCGAGGAUUGCCAGUUCCUCUCCGGCCUAAAUGUGGACUACUUGAUGAGCUCCUUUGGCACCAUCAAAGCGACGCACGGUGCUCUCCCGACGUGGAAAACCGAGGACGUCCAAACGCUUCUCAGCGCCAUCUUGACAAACCAGCAGACUUGCUGGGACGGCCUGCAAUCGGCUUCUUCUUCUUCUUCAAGUAGCGUCAGAAAUGGCCUCUUAGCUCCUGUGGCAAACGACACUAAGCUCUACAGUGUCUCUCUUGCUCUCUUCACUAAAGGAUGGGUUCCUAAGAAGGAGUUCACUGGCGCGCAAUCGCAAUUCAAUAACAGGAAACUAAAUGAGCGUUUGCCAUCAAAAGUCUCUAGCUUAAUCAGACGUGGUCUGUAUGAGUCGAUGACUCGGAGAAAUUUGCUUCAAACCGGCGAUGGAAAAAGUAAAGUAUUGGUGAGAGAUGUGGUGACUGUGAGUCAGGAUGGGACUGGAAACUUCACCACCAUCAACGAGGCCAUAGAUGUUGCUCCGAAUAACACUGAAGCUUCAAAUGGGUACUUUGUGAUAUACGUCAAGGCCGGGGUUUACGAAGAGUAUGUGUCGAUUGAGAAGAAGAAGAAGUACUUGAUGGUGAUCGGCGACGGAAUCAAUCAGACCAUAAUCACCGGCAACCGAAGCGUUGUUGAUGGUUGGACAACUUUCAAGUCCGCAACAUUUGCCGUUGUUGGACCUGGUUUUGUUGCUGUGAACAUAACUUUCCGCAACACGGCAGGGGCAAGCAAGCACCAGGCAGUAGCAGUCCGAAACGGUGCCGAUCUGUCCACAUUCUACAGCUGCAGCUUUGAAGGCUACCAAGACACUCUCUACACCCACUCUCUCCGACAAUUCUACAGGGAAUGCGACAUCUACGGCACAGUCGACUUCAUAUUCGGAAACGCAGCGGUCGUCUUUCAGAACUGCAACUUGUACGCCCGCCUUCCCAUGACAGGACAGUUCAACGCCAUCACGGCUCAAGGCAGGACGGACCCCAAUCAAAACACCGGCACGUCGAUUCACAACUGUACCAUCAAAGCCGCCGAGGAUUUGGCGUCGAGCAACGGCGGCGCCAAGACUUAUUUGGGGAGGCCGUGGAAGGAGUAUUCGAGGACGGUUUACAUGCAGUCUUACAUGGAUAGUGUCGUUGAUCCAGUUGGUUGGCGUGAAUGGAAUGGAGAUUAUGCUUUGUCCACAUUGUAUUAUGCUGAGCAUAAUAACACAGGACCCGGGUCGGACACAACAAACAGAGUUACAUGGCUUGGAUAUCAUGUGAUUAAUGCAACUGACGCUGCUAAUUUCACGUUGUCUAGUUUCUUGUUGGCUGAUAACUGGGUGCCUCAGACAGGAGUCGUUUACACCAGUGGGUUGAUGUAAGGGUUUGAGAAUAUAGAUGUUUUUAUCAUGUCUUCGUUUACUGACCAUUGUUUGAAUGUAGUAUUGCCAAAUUUGUUUUAUUUCAUACAAAUUUGGUAUUUACAUUAUUUUUUUUAAUUUUUAGCUCAAAGAAACAGGGAGAAUUUAAUGUAACUUUUGAAUU